UAUUUGAAAGGGACACGAAGGACGUCCUGGGGGAGACGUCAAGGCCUCCUCUUUCCCCCACAAUUAGCUAUUUUUCUCAAGCUAUUCUAGAUCGUAUUCACAUCUGCUAUAUUGUGUCGAAACUAUAAUUUCGCUUAUUUUGGAUUGAGGAGAGGCCUUGCAUUACCUCAGAUAAUGGGGGUUAUGUCAAGACGGGUUUUGCCCGCCUGCGGCAACCUCUGUUUCUUCUGUCCUUCAUUGCGGGCAAGGUCAAGACAGCCCGUUAAGCGUUACAAGAAGUUUCUUGCUGAUAUCUUCCCUCGUAAUCAGGAGGCAGAACCAAAUGAUAGGAAAAUUGGGAAACUUUGUGAUUAUGCUUCAAAGAAUCCAUUACGAAUUCCCAAGAUUACAGAUACGCUGGAGCAAAGAUUUUACAAGGAAUUGCGACAUGAUAACUUUGGAUCUGUGAAAGUUGUGCUGUGCAUUUAUAGGAAAUUGCUAUCGUCAUGUAAGGAACAGAUGCCACUGUUUGCCAGUAGUUUAUUGGGGAUAGUCCGGACGCUUCUGGACCAAACUAGCCAGGAUGAAAUGCAGAUUCUGGCUUGCAAUAUUCUUGUUGACUUUAUAAAUAGCCAGACGGAUAGCACACACAUGUUCAACUUAGAAGGCAUCAUUCCUAAGCUCUGUCAAUUGGCUCAAGAUGUGGGUGAUGGUGAAAGAACUCUACGUUUGCAUUCAGCCGGACUGCAAACUUUGGCUUCCAUGGUAUCUUUCAUGGGUGAGCAUUCCCACAUCUCAAUGGAGUUGGAUAAUAUUAUAUCAGUGACUUUGGAGAACUUCAUCGAUCCCCAAAUGAAUCCAGAAAAUUCCAAGGAUGAUCAGUGGGUUCUGGGAGUGCUGAAAGCAGAAGACAAUGAGUCAUCUUUCCCAGAUAUUAGUAAUAAGUUGUCCUUGCCAAGCCUUACUACCAAACCUGAGUUGGACAAUACAGUGGAUACUUCAAAAAGUCCAUCUUACUGGUCCAGGGUCUGCUUAUGUAACAUGGCCAGCCUGGCAAAGGAAGCUACAACUGUUCGGCGUGUGCUUGAACCUCUGUUCCAUAAUUUUGAUGCUAACAAUCAUUGGCCCCUAGAAGAAGGAGUUGCCUACCCUGUUUUAAUAUAUUUGCAAUCACUUUUGGAGGAAGCAGGAGAAAACUCACAUUUGCUAUUAUCUUGCCUGGUCAAGCACUUGGAUCAUAAGAAUGUCGCGAAACAACCUCUUGUACAGAUAGAUAUUGUUAAUGUUAUCACACAGCUAGGACAACAUGCAAAGCAGGAGGCCACAGUUACAAUCAUUGGUGCAAUAUCUGACUUGAUUAAACAUCUGAGAAAAUGCCUUCAAAAUUCAGCUGAAUUAUCCAGCCCUGGAGAUUUUAUCGAUAAACAAAAUGUUGAUCUUCAGUUUGCCAUAGAAAAAUGCAUCUCACAGCUCUCAAACAAGGUUGGAGAUGUGGGACCCAUACUUGAUAAAAUGGCUAUGCUGUUAGAGAAUAUUUCAAUGACUACUAUUGUAGCUAGAACAACAAUCUCUGCUGUUCAUCGGGUAGCACAGAUUAUUGCAUCCAUCCCUAACAUAUCAUAUCACAAGAAGGCUUUUCCUGAUGCUCUAUUUCACCAGUUGCUUAUAGCAAUGGCCCAUCCGGACCAUGAGACAAGAGUUGGAGCACACAGUGUCUUAUCUGUCGUGCUUAUGCCAUCCUUGCUUUCUCUUUGGUCUGACCAGAAUAAGAAAACAUCAGAAGCUAUUACUGGAUUUUUAGGUACAUUGCCGAAGUCAAUAAGCAAAAGCUUCUCCUUUCGGGAUGAAGGUAAGGAUAAGGCAGAAGCCAUAGAUGGAGGAUCAUGGGAGGAAAACAAUCAAAUAUUGGACAUGGGUGCAAAAAACUUUAGAAAAAAUGGCUCGCAUAGUUAUUCAAAUAGCUUCAAGUCUGCUAUCACAGAUGGAAAAACUCAAACUUUUCUACGAUUGAGUAGUCAUCAAAUCAGUCUUCUGCUUUCAUCAAUAUGGGUUCAGGCAACAUCUGCAGAUAAUAUGCCUGCAAAUUUUGAGGCCAUGGCUCACUCAUACAACAUUGCUUUGCUGUAUACUCGAUCUAAGACCUCCAAUCACACGGCUCUAGCUCGGUGUUUUCAGCUGGCAUUCUCACUUAGAAGCAUCUCUACGGAUCAAGAAAGAGGUCUACAACCAUCUCGUAGAAGGUCUCUCUUCACCUUGGCAUCAUACAUGCUUAUUUUUUCUGCAAAGGCAGGGAAUCUCCCUGAGCUAAUUCAUAUAGUUAAAGCAUCUCUGACAGAAAAAACAGCUGAUCCUUAUCUUGAGUCGGUGGAAGACAUCAGGCUGCAGACUGUUUAUUUAAAAUAUGAUGGAGGGAAGAUGGUAUAUGGAUCAGAGGAAGAUGAAGUUGCUGCAUCAAAAUCUCUCUCAGCGGUUGAAUUAGAUAACCACCUUUUGAAGGAAACCUUGAUAUCCCAAUUCGUGACAAAAUUUGCAAAAUUGACAGAGGAUGAUUUAUCAGGCAUAAAGGAACAACUUCAUCAGGAAUUUUCUCCAGAUGAUGCAUAUCCAUUGGGAGCUCCCUUGUUUAUGGAGACACCAAGGCCAUGUUCUCCUCUUGCCCAAAUAGAGUUUCAGGCUAUUGAAGAGAUCAUGCCUGCAGCUUCCUUGACAGAUGAUGAAAGCGUCACUGAAGCUAACGGGAAUCUGUCAGACCGCAAAACAUCACUUUCUGUCAAUUCAUUAGACAUUCUAAGUGUCAAUGAACUUUUGGAAUCAGUCUUGGAAACUGCACAUCAAGUUGCAAGCUCCCAGAUUUCCUCCACACCUGUACCUUAUGACCAAAUGAAGAGUCAGUGUGAAGCUCUUGUGACAGGUAAACAACAGAAGAUGUCAAUGCUUCAAAGUUUUAAGCAAAUACAUGAUGCCAAGAUUUUCCCCACUGGAGAUGAAAAGAAAAGCGCUUCAGCAUUUAAUGAGAAAGUGAAGUUUUUACAAAGUGACUCAAAGUUAAACAACAAGAAUCAAAUCCGAGCACCUGACCAACUUGCCCUCUGCUCAGUUGAGUACGGACAUAGUUCUUUCAGAUUACCACCUUCAUGCCCCUAUGACAAAUUCAUGAAAGCAGCUGGAUGCUAAAGGUUUAAAUGUCUUGAACACAGCCUCUAUAUGUUGUUUGUCUUCCUUUUCAUUCAUUUUCUUCAAUUUAAUUUCCAUUUUUGAGCCAAUUCUUUGUGAAGGAGACUGUUAUUUAGCAUUAAUCAUAAAAUUAAUAUCAAGUUUGAUUAGAAGGUUCUGCCUGUCUGCCUCAAAUGUAUGCAGGGAAGGAGAGUUUGUGUUCUUGGAAAAUUGGGAUCCUAGGCAUAUGCAUCGUUUUGAACAUUUUUAGGAAUAUUUGUUAAUACCUUGAUAGAUCUUUAUAUAAAAUAAACAUUUACUUGAUUUGUA